CAAAAAUUUCACGUACACAAUCAAACGAAACAGUGCUUCAUGGGCGAAGGAAUAUAUACAAACUAAAUACUCUCCCAUCCCUCAAAUCUGCAGUCGUCGGAAGUAUGGUGAAGGAUACUCGAUCUAGUGUCAGAGAGAGGAAUGAGGAAAACAAUAAUCUAAAGGGGAGACAAAAUGGUGAGAAGGCUCCAGCAAGAGCGGGCUCUACUACACCAGAUUCAUCUGCUUUAAGGAGGUCUGCAAGAGAAGCAUCGUUGAAGAAAACAAUUAUUGUAACCCCUUCCAAAUCUAGAAAAUCUGAUCAACUUGACAAGCAUUCACCUCGCACUCGUAGUGAUAAAAAGAAACAUGGUACCGUUGAUCAUAAGAACAUGCUUAAUCCGCUUAGAAGAUCCGAGAGGGUUAAAAAGCAGUCUUCAUCUACCUCUUCAGGUUCUGGAUCCAAGAAAUUAGUUAAAAGUUCAUCUACCUCUUCGGGAUCUGUAUCUAAGAAAUCAGAUAAAAGCUCAGGCUCACCAUAUACGAAGGGAAAAAAGGAGAAGAAAGAGAAGAGUAUUGAACAGUUGAUUCUUGACCCUACAGAGGCUGGGAAAUCUCCAAAACAAGACGAGGUUUCACAAAAUGCCAAAGAUAAGAGAAUGGAUGCUCGUGCUUAUAGGGCAUUGUUUAGGGAAAAACUUAAGACAGACUGUCGAGAGCAGGCGAAGAUGCCAAAAAGCAACAAUCAUUGUGGUAACAAUAGUUCCAAGGAAGACUUGAAUCGGAGCAGCAAGUACAGUGAGAAGAGUAAAGAACUGAGAAGCAAUUGUCUAGAGAAAUCCUCUACUAGAGAUUUGGAUGACUCUAAUGAGACUGAAACUAAAGAAUUGAGAAGUAAAUGUCCAGAGGAAUCGUCUACUGUUUAUUUGGAUGACCAUCCUGAAACAAGAAGUAAAACUUCGAAGGAAGUAUUGAAAAAUGACAUUGAAUUGGAUUUCUUCCUGUCAAGCCAGAAGUCCUCCGAGGAAAAAGUGCUUACUAAACUGUCAAAUGAAGAUAGUGGUACUGUACAUGCAGUCCACGAUGCAGAUAAGAAAUUGGAAGCAUUAGAGAGAUCAAAUUCUAUGCUCGAAGAAAAGAUGGUCGAUGACUUUAUUGACUCAAAUGGUGGAUGUAAAUUAAUUUCUUUGAAAAGAAAAAGAAGCAUACUGCAGUUAGAUUCUAAUGUCUCAGUAAGGAAUGAAAGUGAAAGUACAUGCUCUUCACCUACUGAUGCGGUCUCUCCAUGUAGACAGAGUGAUCAAGUUGAGACAUGUGUUGAUCAAGUUGAGACUUGUGGUGAUCAAGUUGAGACAUGUGGUGAUCAAGUUGAGACAUGUGGUGAUCAAGUUGAGACUUGUAGUGAUCAAGUUGAGACUUGUGGUGAUCAAGUUGAGACAUGUGGCAAAUGUUCGAAGAGACAAAGGUUAGGAAAUGAUUCAUUGAAAGACGUUUGCUCUUGUGUGGAAAUAGAUCAGCAGCAGAAUGAAAAAAUAUCUAUUGAUGUGGAUAGAGGGAAGUCCAUGGGCAAUACCAUUUCAGAUCCUACUGGAAAUUGUGUUUGGUGUAAGCUGGAAAAAGCAUCCUUGGACGUCGACCCAAAUGCAUGCCUCAUCUGCAAAGUUGGGGGAAAACUCUUAUGCUGUGAAGGAAAAGAAUGCAGAAGAAGCUUCCAUCUUUCUUGUCUAGAUCCUCCCUUGGAGGAUGUUCCCCUUGGAGUUUGGCACUGUCCAAUGUGUAUUAGAAGGAAGAUCAAGUUUGGUGUAUAUGCUGUGUCAAAGGGCUUCGAAUCCAUCUGGGAUACAAGAGAAACAGAGAUAUUGGAUGCUGAUGGGUUGCAAAGGCAGAAGCAGUAUUUUGUGAAAUUUAAAGAUCUGUCUCAUGCUCAUAAUCAAUGGUUACCGGAGAGCAAAUUGCUUUUGGAAGCCCCAAGCCUUGUUUCAAGAUUCAUCAAGAAGAAUCAGUAUUCAAGGUGGAAGGAAGAGUGGGCUAUUCCACAGCGUUUGUUACAGAAGAGAUUGUUAUUGUCUGCUAAGCUAUGCCAGGAGCAUAAUGCGGAAUUUUCUGGGGCUGAGUUGAAUUGUCGAUAUGAGUGGCUUGUUAAAUGGCGAGGCCUUGAUUACAAAUUUGCAACAUGGGAGUUGGAAAAUGCUUUAUUCUUAAGUUCACUUGAUGGCCAAGGUCUUAUAAAAGAUUAUGAAAGCCGCUGUGAAAAGGCCAAGUUAGUGUCCCAUGUCCCAGAAGUGGAUGGGAAACACGAGUUGCAGAUACGGCAUAGGAAAAGAACUGCCUUGGUUAAUCUGUCACAGUUUACAGAUAAUGAUACAUGUGGCUUUAAUGAUAAUUAUAUAAGCUAUGUCAACAAGCUUUGUCAGUUUUGGCACGAGGGGAAAAAUGCUGUUGUGGUUGAUAACCAGGAUCGCAUGGCAAAGAUUAUUGCAUUCAUCUUAACUUUACAGCCUGAUGUCCUCCGACCCUUUCUCGUCAUCACAACUUCUACAGCCCUUGGUAUGUGGGAUCCUGAGUUAUUGCGUUUUGCUCCAUCUUUUAGUGCUGUGGUUUACAAGGGGAAUAAAAAUGUACGGAAAAAUAUCAGAGAUCUAGAGUUUUACCAGGGAAGUUACCCUAUGUUUCAAGCUCUUAUUUGCUCCCUGGAAGUAAUGAUGGAGGAUUUAGAUAUAUUGCACCGUAUAAAUUGGGAAGUAAUAAUCGUUGAUGAGUGUCAACGCCCAAUAAUUUGUUCACAUCUUGAAAAAAUGAAGAUGCUAAAGGGAAAUAUGUGGCUGCUCGUUCUUUCUGAUCAGCUAAAGGAUAUCAAAGACGAUUACCAUAAUCUUCUAUCUAUACUUGACAUGAACGACCAAGUUGAAAAUAAAGAUACUCUGAAGACUAACGGUGAUGAUAACGUCAGCAAACUUAAGGAGAGAUUAUCAUAUCAUAUUGCAUAUAUUAGCACUUCUAAAUUUGUUGAGUAUUGGGUUCCUGCACGGAUAUCAAAUGUGCAACUUGAGCUUUAUUGCGCCGCCCUACUUUCGAACUCUGGAUUGCUUUGCUCAUCAUUCAAAAGUGAUCUUCUUGACAACAUCCAAGAUCUACUCAUUUCAACUAGGAAGUGUUGUAAUCAUCCCUAUAUUGUGGAUUCUUCAAUGGGACAUGUGAUCACGAAGGGGCAUCCAGAAGUGGAGUAUUUGGGUAUUGGAAUAAAAGCAAGUGGUAAGUUAGAACUUCUUGAUGCAAUGCUAAAGGAGAUGAAAAAAAAGGGCUCAAGGGUCCUCAUUCUUUUCCAGUCAAUUAGUGGUUCUGGAAGAGACACCAUUGGUGAUAUUUUGGAUGACUUUUUACGUCAGAGGUUUGGGCCUGAUUCUUAUGAGCGCAUUGAUGGGGGUCUUAUUUAUUCCAAGAAGCAAGCUGCUCUGAACAAAUUUAACAACCUAGAGAGUGGAAGAUUUUUGUUUCUGCUAGAAGUUCGAGCAUGCCUCCCCAGUAUUAAACUUUCUUCAAUUGAUAGCAUUGUCAUUUAUGAUAGUGACUGGACCCCAAUGAAUGAUUUAAGAGCCCUUCAAAGAAUUACACUAGAUUCUCAUUUGGACCAAAUAAAAAUUUUCCGUUUAUAUACAUCUUGUACCGUCGAGGAAAAGGUUCUUAUGCUGUCCUUGGAAAAUAAAACUUUGGACGGCAAUUUACAGAACAUCAGCUGGAGUUGUGCUAAUAUGCUGCUUAUGUGGGGAGCAUCUGAUUUACUCGCCGAUUUAGAGAAGUUUCAUGGAAAAGAAAAAAUUGAAGAUGCCUUGUCAGAUACAACACUUUUGGAAGAGGUGGUAAAUGAUUUAAUAUUACUGAUUUCACAAAAUGGUAGAAGCACAGACAAGUAUGAUUCCCAUGUCAUAUUAGAAGUUCAACAGAUUGAAGGAGUGUAUUCUGCACGCUCUCCACUUCUUGGUCAAAUAAAAAAGGUAUCAACUGAAGAAAUGCAACCCUUCAUAUUUUGGAGUCAUCUGCUAUAUGGAAAGUGCCCAAAAUGGAAAUAUUCUUCGGAUAGAUCUCUAAGGAACCGAAAAAGGGUUCAACAGUCUGAUGAUUCCUUAAAUAAAUCUGAAUGUGAGAUUGAGGAAUUCGUGAGGAAACGGAAAAAGGUAUCAAAUAACAAUGUUAAAGUUGCUCAAGAGGAAAACUUUACGCAGAAGGAAAAGGAAGGUACUUCUGAAGCUCCGAAACAUACAUGUCAGAAUUCAACUAGUUUGGCUGCAUGUGAGGAUGAUUCAUACAUUGAGAAUCAUCUAUCCACCUCAUCUUUGAUAGCGAAUGAUAUAUUGAAAAUUCUUAAAUAUAAGUCAGUUGGAUUUGACGAAAUAAGAAAGCUGACUGAUCUGCGAAAGAGUCUCCAUCGUCUUUUAAAGCCUGAAAUAUCACAAUUAUGCAAGAUUUUGAAACUUCCAGAGCAUGUCGAAGAUGAGGCUGAAAAGUUCUUUGAGUAUGUAAUGGAUAAUCAUCACAUCUUAACAGAACCAGCAACAACUACAUUACUCCAGGCUUUUCAGCUAUCUCUGUGCUGGAGUGCAGCUUCCAUGCUUGACCACAAAAUUGACCAUAAAGAAUCAUUGGCACUCGCGAAAAAGCAUCUUAAUUUUGAUUGCCAUAGACAGGAGGUCUACUUGCUUUAUUCAAGAUUAAGAUGUCUCAAGAAAAUAUUCUCCAAACAUUUGAAGUGUUCCAAGGUUACUGAAUCCCCGUGCAAUGUGUUGUCUGACGAUGAAUUCCAGAAAGCUGUAGUCAAAAGUAUUAAUAGAAUACAGAAAACUUGUUGCAAGAAAUUCAAAAAACUUAAGCAGAAGCAACAAGAGAAAAGAGAUGAAUUUGAUAAAACUUGUGAUGAAGAGAAAUCACAGCUAGACAGACAGUUUCGGAUGGAGUCGGUUGUUAUUCGUUCUUGUUUGCAUAAUAGUCUUUUGAUGAGAAAUAAUAAGCUUCAGGUAUUAGAAAACAGAUAUGCAAAAAAGCUUGAAGAGCACAAAUAUCAGAUGGAGAUACGGUGUAGGAAACUUGAGGAAGAGCAAAUUGAUGAAAGAAAUAAAAUGGUCGCGACAGAGGCUCAUUGGGUUGAUACAUUGACAUCCUGGCUCCAGGUUGAACUAUUAAACAAGCAAAUUUUGAAUAAAACUAAGCAUUUCCAUUAUCUCAAGAAUGAUACAACUAUUGGUGAUCAUCUGCCAGAAGAGAUCUAUAGUAAAAUUGCUCAUAAUGUCUCAGGAACUGGGAAAGAAAUAUCUGAAAUCCCAGGAUCUGUUUCUUCCGAAGGUAUCAUCUGCAGUAAUACUGUUGAAGAAAGUUUUCUUCAAUCAAGACAUAAUGGUGAGACUGCAGCUUUAGAUACCAUUGGUUCUCAAGGACCAUUUGCCAGUGAGUUUGUGGAUGACAACAGGAUAGAUAUCUCAAAUGGAAUUGAAGGUAAUUUAACUUCUGAAGACCCCUGCUCUGUAGGAAAACUGCCCGACCGAGUCAUAUUGGGCAAUCCAGACAAAGAGAUAUCUAUAGAAGGGCCUAAAAGUAGAUAUUCUGUCAGUGUUGACAUGGUCUCCCAUGCUGAUGAAGAGGUCCCUCGUAAGCUGAUUGAAGCCGCUGGUCUUAUUGAAAGUUCACCGAGUGUUCUCACAAUACCUUUGCUGCCUUCUAUGGAGAGAGGGGGCGAUGUGGCCACAUUGAAUCCUGGGAGUGAAAUUUCAAACAAAACAUGUAGAAUUGGCAAUUCCGAUCCACUAGUGGAUGCUCUUAGUAAUCCAGAGUCAUCUCCCCGGGAGUUGAAUUUGCCAAUCAAUGAGGUUGAAAGGUUAUCUGAGGCUGCUAAUUUAGUAGGAGUUAGGGAAAAUCUUUCUGCUAGUCAAUCUUCAUCUCGAGAAUCAAUUCCAAAUAAAUCAAUGGGAAGCACAUCUGAAAUAGAAAUUUCAUCAACGAUGACAGUAAGUGCUUCUUGUGAAGCAUUAGAGGUGGGUAGCAGCAACAGUCAGAAUGAUGGCGACAAUCAUAGGGAAUUGGUCAAUCCUUGUGUACUAGAAGAUACAAUUGGUAAUCCUCUGGAGCUUGCUGUUACACCUACCACCCAAGACAAUGGUUCUUUGUUGUUCAAUGAGGCUGCGCAUGAGGAAAUGAAUCAACAAUCUUCAUCUACUAGGUCCAUGGAUGACAUUAUGCAAGCUGUUGAAAUGGCCAUUGCUAAUGGGGACCCCGAAGCUCCAAUAUCAUAUGUUGCUGAUCAAUCUAAUCAGGAAGAACGUGAGAACCUACAAUCUUCAUGUACUGGGUCCAUGGAGAACAAUAUGCAAGCUAGUGAAAUGGUGAAUGCUAAUGAAGACACUGAGGCUUCAAUUACACAUGUUGCUAAUCAAUCUAAUCAGGAAGAGCAAGACGAUAUAAAUCUACAAUCUUCAUGUAUUGGGUCCAUGAAUGACAUUAGACAAACUACUGCAAUGGUGAAUACUAGUGGGGACAAUGAAACACCAAUUCCUUAUGUUGCCAGUCAAUCAAAUCAGGAAGCACAAAUGGUAGAGCCUCAAACACUAACGGUGCCACUAGCAACAAAUUCAUCUGUUGGUUUCUUUCAGGCUGAUUUAUCUUCUGCCGGUGGAAUGGAAAAUCACAUGGAUAGUGAAGACCAUUCCUCUGAUAGGCUAGCUCAGACAGCAAGCCAGCCAAUUGAAGACUCGAUUCAGCUCAUCGAAGAAGUUUUGUUGCAACCUGUGACAUGUACUGCACCACAUUCUACUCUCAAUGCUGGCGUCAGUGAUACAAGAACGUCCUUUCCAGACACAAGAAUCAUAUCGGGUAAUUUUGAUAUUAGCACUGGUCUGAUGCAACCAACGCAGCCUUCAGUGUCUCAAAUGCUUCCUUUAUCGUACGUUGAUCCACUGGAAAAGGAAUUGGAAAAAUUGCGGAAGGAAAUGGAACAUAACAAAGAUGUACAUGCAAAACAGAAGCUGCAGCUGAAAUCUGAACGUGAGAAGGAAAUUGAGGAGGUCAAUAAGAAAUACGACAUUAAGGUCCAGGAGUCUGAGAUUGAAUUUGAUCUUCGAAAGAAGGACCUUGAUGUGAAUUACGACAAGGUUUUGAUGAAUAAGAUCUUGGCUGAGGCUUUCAGAUGGAAAUACAGUGAUACUAAGUCAUGGGAUAUUGUUCCAGUUCUUGGGCCACAGAUUUUUCUGCCACCUGUUAUGCCAAUUUUACAAAGGCCUCCUUUGGUAGUCCGGCCAUCUUUCACUCCAUCCAUAGUCAGUUCGCAUACAUCCAAUCCACCUUCUGUUAAUACACAAAGGACCUCAGCUGUGGCAAAUCUGUCAACGAACUCGCCUAUCUCUAGCCAAGGUACAGCUUCAACAUCGAUACACGGUCACCACGCAUCCCUUCAUUUCUCAAGCAAUUCAAUGAGACCUCUCCAUAUAGGCUCCAUCUCCUCUCCAACUGGAAACCCACAAGUUAGUAGUGUUAUUCGUGCGCCAGCUCCUCAUUUGCAACCCUUCAGACCUACAUCAAGUUUGCCACCUAAUCCUCGUGGCAUCACUAGUCAACAUGGACCAACCAUCCCUUCUACACCCCCUCCCUCGUUUCCUCAUCUUCCACCUCGGCCUCCUGUCUCUUCACCAUUUCAAUCCAUUCCAUUAAACAGACCUUAUCGGCCUGAUAGUUCAGAACAGUUGCCUGCACUUUCUAAUGCGCCCUUAUCUGCAUUAGACUUGCUGAUGGAUAUGAACAAUCGUGCUGGUGUGAAUUUUCCACACAAUUUUCCUCUACCGGAUGCAUCCUUGAAUACACACCGACCUAACCCACCAGUUAGUACAGGAAACAUGCAGGUAAAUGCAGUUAACACCACUGGAGACUCGGAUGUCGUUUGCUUGUCAGACGACGACUAACCAGCCUGACCAGAAAAAAAUGUACAUUUCUGACUUUUGAAGCUCCUUGUAACGUAAGGGCUUAGUAAGGUCUAAGAGGUGUGGGGGAGAGCAAAAUUUUAUAUCUGAAACCGUUGAAUAUUAUUGUAGAUAUACAUGGCUUUUAACUUCAAAUGUGUAUAAUGUAAAUAUCCAUUAGCCCAUAUCUACAAAGGUGGUGAUCUGGUUAUGAAUAUUAUUUGGCAGUUGAGAACAUUA